CUCGCUACAAAUAGGCAACAAUUCUUCUUCCCCAACAUUAUAAACGUAGAGUGCACGACUUAAGCUCCGUGCACCACCACAACCACCGCUGCAGCCGCCGCCGCCGGAAUAACUACAUGGAAUUGCUAUGGGUCAUCUCCGCCACCAUCCUCCUGCAUUGCCUCAUCCACCUAGCAUGGACGGCCCUCGACCGGCGUCGCCGCCAGCAGUGCUAUUUACUCGACUAUGAGCUCUACAAGCCCUCCGACGACCGCAAGCUCUCCACCCAACUCUGCAAAGCCAUCAUCUCCCGCAACCUUCGCCUUUCUCUCCCCGACCUCAGGUUCCUACUCAAGGUCGUUGUCAACUCCGGCAUCAGCGAGGAGACUUACGCCCCUCGAAGCGUGAUCCUUGGCCGCGAGGAGUGCCCCACCCUGGCCGACGCUCGCGACGAGCUCGACGACGCACUCUUCUCCGCCCUCGACGCUCUUUUCCGCCGCACCGCCAUCCGACCCUGCGACGUCGACCUCCUCGUCGUCAACGUUUCCAUGUUCUCCCCCGCUCCCUCCCUCACCGCCCGGAUCGUGAAACGCUACAAGAUGCGGGAGGACGUACGCACCUUUAAUCUCGCCGGCAUGGGCUGCAGCGCAAGCCCGAUCGCGGUCGAUCUGGUGAACAAUGCGUUUAGGGCAACGCCGCAAGCGACGCUGGCGGUGGUGGUGACCUCUGAGUCGAUCGCGCCCAAUUGGUACUGCGGUACGGACAAGUCGAAGAUGCUCGGGAACUGCCUCUUCCGCUGCGGCGGCUGCGCGUUCGUGCUCACCAACGACCCUGAACUCCGGCGGAGGGCGAAGAUGCGGCUCCGUUGCCUCGUCCGCACCCACAUUGGGGCCAGCGACGAGGCGUACCAGUGCGCCAUCCAGACAGAGGACGAGGACGGCCGGGUAGGGUUCCACCUCGGGAAGACCCUCCCGAAGGCGGCCGUGCGCGCCUUCGCGGAGAACCUCCAGCGGCUGGCGCCGCGGGUGCUGCCGCCGGUGGAUCUGGCGAACUACGCGCUGCGCCACUGGUUGACCCGGUGGUUAACAAAAGGGGGCGAUCCAGCGGCGGCGCGAGGGAUCAGCUUGAAGAGCGGGGUGGAGCACUUCUGCCUGCACACCGGCGGGGCGGCGGUGAUUGAGGCGGUGGGGCGGGCGCUGGGGCUGACCAAGUACGACGUGGAGCCGGCGAGGAUGGCUCUGCACCGGUGGGGGAACACGUCGGCGAGCAGCGUGUGGUACGUGCUGGGGUACAUGGAGGCGAAGAGAAGGCUCCGGCGAGGAGACCGGGUGCUGAUGCUGAGCUUCGGGGCGGGCUUCAAGUGCAACAGCUGCAUGUGGGAGGUGCUUCGCCACCUCAAUGACGGCGGCGCUUGGGCGGACUGCAUCCACCGCUACCCGCCGCAAACCCUAGUCAACCCUUUUCUGAAGCAGUUUGGGUGGGUCAACGAAGCAUAAACGCACACCUCUUUAAUAAAC